CAAGUUUUUAUUUUAUUUUAUUCUUUAUCACUCCUUUUUCUGUUCAAGUAAGGCUUUAUCUUGUAGAAAAAGAAAGCAAUGGGGCAAUCACCAUCCGCAGCAAGUAGUCGGCAUGACAAUGCGUCUACUCGUACUUUACAUUCCGCCUCAAUGCGUUCCAAUCGACCACUUUCUUUUUUUCGAAGGAUAUCAAAUCGACUUUCCACACAUCCCAAUCGGCGUUCUGGACAACAACAGUUGCAGCAGCAACAACAGCAACAGCAGCAGCAACAGAGGUAUUAUCAAGGUCAAAGAUCAGUAGCUACCUUGCAUACUUUCUCCACCACCACUUCUUCAGUCCGCCAAGCAACACAAGAAGCCGCCAGAGCUGCAGCAGCUGCAACUGGUCCACCUUUUUUACUGCACCACCAACAGCAAAAUCCGGUGACCACAGCACAAAGUCGUAGUAGUCGAAGAACAAGCGUAACCUCUUUAUCGGAUUCUACCACCUCCUGGAAUGAAUUCUUAUCACGAGAUACCGAUAACGGAAGUAGUAUGUUAAGGUAUUUACAAAUACCAAUUCGCGCAAGCACUGUUACCAUGGAAGGCGAAUCCGCAGCAGCAGCAGCAGUAGGAGGAGCAGGAACAAUGGAGCAACAACAAACGUCGUCAACGACCGCUUCUUUAAAUACCACAAGAAGAAUGCAUAUACUGGUGAUUGAAUAUCGAUCCUCAACGUCAUCACCUUCACCACCUCCACCAGCUCCAAGAGCAUCAUCACCUUCAACUCCUCCUACAAUAGCAUCAUCUCCUCCACCUUUUCCACCUCCUACUACACCAUUACCUCCACCACCUUUACCACCCCCAACAAGACCAUUACCUCCACCACCUUCAUCCCAAUCAUUCUCAGCAUCACCAACGGGACAAGUAGCAGGAUCACAGCAAUAUCGAUUCUUAGGCUUGAGGAGACGUCGAUCCCAAGUAUCCAGUCAUUCCUCCACGGAUACUAUCAUGAGCCAUUAUCCAAAUAUCAAUCCUACUAGUCCGGAACCUACGAGUGGACAAUGGGUCGUGUAUGUGAUGAAUAGUACAACCACCAUCCUAUCCUCUUCAUCCGUCGCCAACGCCUAUUCUGCCAUGGAUGACAACCCAACGUAUGAAGAUUUACUAUGGUUAAGUAAUCGAUUGGGACCUGCCAGACCUUGCACCACCACGCAAGCGGCUGUGGAUGCUGCCAUCCCUGUAUUGGAUUGGUCGGAUCAAAUGAAAAAAGAUGUGGAAGCGUGUCUGGUGUGUUUGGAUGAGUUUGAAAAUAAACAACCAGUACGCGUGUUGAAAUGUCAUCAUGUCUUUCAUCGCGAGUGUGUAGAUAGGUGGUUAUGUGAGUCUCAUAACUCGUGUCCUGUAUGUCGUAGAGUGCCUGUUGAAACACCAUCAUCUUAACUCCCGAUGCUCCUCAAUAAUAAUUUACCGUCAAUAUUCUCAUCAGCAUCAUCAUAAUAGCAUAGUCAUAAUAAUUGUAAUCAUAAUAAAGUAAUUGAUAAGGGGAUUUUCUUUUAUAUUAUAUACGUAUGCAUCAUGUAAUGCUUUAUAUUGGGAGGGGGGAGGACGAGGAGGACGAGAUAAAUGAAUGGAGGAUUUAAUCCUGUAGGGAUAGUAACUGAUACAAAAAACAGCUAAUAAGUUGGUCAAAGAAGAAACGAUGAGUCCUUUUUUUUUUCGAAACCAAAAAUAUUAGUCAAUUAUGUCAUCUUGACAUAAGCCUAUUGUUUAUCGAUUAUAUUUACUACGCCUCAGCCCAUAGCUAAUAUCGAUCCAAAGUCUUACAAGGUUAUGAUAUCGCAGCUCAGGUAUCAAUCGAUAAUCUACUGUCUUAAUUACCUGUCGAAACAACUGUACUGUGCUUCC